UGCUCAGUGAGAGACUUUGUUGUUAAAGCUGAUUGUUUAACAGCGAAAUGAUGCUCAACAUUGCUUAAACGGACAUAAAGGGAAGUUUCAAAAGUCAAUAUUACUAAUUAGUGUUGGAUUGGAGUCGAAACGACAGAAAUAUGCAGCUUUGACAAUUCUUCCCACCUGGAAGCUGAUUGGCUUGAACGUCGGCUCAGCGUCUGUCAAGACUAACUAUUGAAGACAGAGUGCCUCUUAUUUCUUUCUCAGCCUCCCUGACGGUGCAGCUGUAUAAUUACUGGUGCAGCUCCGAUAUGACUAAGAGAAGCCCAUCUUUUCAGCUGGUCAAAAGCGGUUAGGUACAGAUGAACAUUCCCAUUCCGAAAUGUGACAGGAUGCUGAACCAUCACUGCAGAAGGAACCCUGAGCUUCAUGAGGAGCUGCAGAUCCAGGCUGCAGUGGCAGCUGGGGAUGUCUGCACUGUCAGGAGGAUGCUGGAGCAAGGAUACUCACCCAAGAUUCGUGAUGCCAACGGCUGGACACUGCUCCACUUCUCUGCUGCCAAAGGGAAAGAGAGAUGUGUUCGAGUCUUUCUGGAGCAUGGAGCUGACCCCACUGUGAAGGACUUUAUCGGUGGCUUUACAGCACUUCACUAUGCUGCUAUGCAUGGGAGAGCACGCAUUGCCCGACUGAUGCUGGAAUCCGAGUUUCGCAGUGACAUUAUUAAUGCAAAAAGCAAUGAUGGUUGGACGCCGCUGCACGUGGCCGCUCACUAUGGUCGAGACUCAUUCGUACGCCUCCUCCUCGAGUUCAGGGCCGAGGUGGACCCACUGAGUGACAAAGGUACCACGCCACUACAGUUGGCCAUCAUCCGCGAGCGCUCCAGCUGUGUACGGAUCCUCCUGGACCACAGUGCCAACAUUGACAUUCAGAAUGGCUUCCUGCUGCGGUACGCCGUCAUCAAAGGCAAUCACUCAUACUGCCGCAUGUUCCUGCAGAGGGGAGCAGACACUAAUCUGGGGCGUCUUGAAGACGGCCAGACCCCCCUGCACCUGUCAGCCCUCAGGGAUGAUGUGUUGUGUGCCCAGAUGCUCUACACGUACGGAGCUAACACCAACACCAGGAACUAUGAGGGCCAGACGCCGGUAGCUGUAUCGGUUAGCAUGUCUGGGAUCAGCCGGCCUUGUCUGGACUUCUUGCAGGAGGUCACAAGACAACCCCGGACUCUACAAGACUUGUGUCGAAUAAAAAUCCGUCACUGCAUUGGCCUUCAAAGCUUGAAGUUCUUGGAGGAGCUACCAAUCGCAAAGGUUAUGAAAGACUAUUUAAAACAUAAGUUUGACAAUGUGUGAAGGCGACCACAGCACAAGAGAGGGUAACUAACAACUCUCUGCUAUCAUUUAUGAAGACUAUGCAAUCACUAAGUCCACAGGUCUGUUCCCUACAUGCCGAAGGAGAGUUAGUCCAGUUUGUUUGUCAAGUUACAGCACUUGCUGAAGAGUUCAAACGGAGCCACCUCAUGUGAGUAAAGGUUAUUUAUUUGUGGGAAUAGAAACCUCAUUUGACUGCAGUUAGCUUCUGUUCAUGGUGUUGCUGUGCAUGAUAUUAUCCUUGCUGGCUCAGAUUGUCAUCAAGUGUGUACCUGCCAAUAUAUUUUAAUUUAUUUCCUCCCAUCUAAUUUUACUGAGCUAUAGGAAGUUAAACUUAUUUUAAACAUUUAUUUCUAUCACAAAGUGUUGAGCUACUCGGAUACUGAGCUUUAACAAAAAACCUCUAGAAGGUUCCCUCCCUGAUUUUUGCCUCUGAAUUCACCGCCCACAUUUUCAAUUUGUUCAAUGACUCGUCAAGAUGGCACUCAUGUUGUGCCCAUUGACAGCACUUUUCUACAGUUAGAGAAGCAGUUGAUUAAUCAGAGCUUUGAAGGUGAGAUGAGCCGUGUGGACGUCGUCUUUCUACAAAGCCAGCUCGCUGCGUUUUACAGAGUAGAGUUUUGCUUUCAACAAAAAGCAGAAAGGAAAAACGUACUAUGGAGCUACACAUGGAUGGGAGAUGUGGACACCCAUGAUCUGUUUGACUUAUUGAUUUAUUGACUUAUUGCAAGCCCAAGCUCACUGCAGUCUGUAGCAAACAGCCAGCAAAAACAUUCUGACCUGUCAGAAAUCAUCUGAUCCUCCAAGAACCAGAUUGUUGAUCGCUCAGGAUGAAUCAGGCAUCACCACCCCCUCACACAGUCUGUCCACAGCAGUGUAAAGCUUAAUUAUUGGGGCAGGAAACCAGUUUAAAGGUUUGGAAUUAAAGGAGCUAUUUGUAAGUUUUGCUAUUGCUACAAGGCUAACAUUAGCAUUCACAGCUGAUUACUGACCAGUCUAGAUGAAACAUUGAGUUCAGCACAAACUUCAUUCCUUUACUCACCAACAGCUGUCUCCAGAGGUGGAAAGAAAGACCAAUGUUAACUCUUGUCUCUGCA